AAAGACAAGGUAUACGAGUUUCGUCCGGCCGCAUCAGUGACAGAGAUCUAACUCUUUGACUGGAUUAAUAUAAUAAGGAACCAUGUGAUUUAUUAAUCGCCUGCGGGUUUUUACUCGGCUUUUCUUGUGGCCAGUGUUUUGUUUUUUUAUAGUGGUGGUGAGGGGAAAACUAUAUUUUGUAAGCUUUCGGAACCGCGUGACGUCAAACUGCACUUUUGAUGAAACUGCUGAUGUUGCGUCUUCCAGGAGAAACUAGUUCCAGCUGAAUCGUUCAGGGUGACCUGCCCCUUUUGGUCUGCGAAGGACACUUCCUGGUCCCCAGCGCCAUCAUCCGUCAUCUCCGUCAGCCUGUCCAUCCUCUGGCCACUUCCUCGACGGAGUCAUCAUGGUGAAAUAUGAAGAGGAAACCUACAGCUUCCGUUUGUCCCAACUCGACGAUUCCGUCUACUCGGACACCGGGACCAUCACGUCCACUUACAAGCAGCGGAUCGACUCCCUCUUCAGGGACAAGCGCCGUCAGGAGAACAGCAACAGCAACAGCAGCACGAACAGCUCGCGACAGGCGCCACAUUCUAGUCAGACCACCAACCCCGUCCAGGAGGAGCUGGAGAGGAUGUUCGGAGGGCGGGACCAGCGCCAGAGGGCCUUCCUGGACGUCAGGGCCACGGUGCAAGCGCAGAUCGAGAGGCUCUUCGCUGACGCUACUAACGAACCUCUGAUUAGCGGGGGCGCCGGGAAAGUCUUGGCGGCGGCGGCGCCCCCCCAGAAGACGUUUUCUUCGGAGGCCACCUCGCGUGCAACCGAACCCCCUUUUUCCCCGCCUUCAUUAGCGGCGUCUUCCCCUUCCCCUCCGCCUCAGCCGACACGACACCUGGAUACGGCCGCCGUCACCCCGACCCCUCCCCCCUCCACCACCCCUUCCCACAAGAGCAGCGCCAGCAGCAGGAGUAACAGUAGCAAGGGCAGUGGCGUCAGUUCUUUUGAAUCACGUGAGGCGGAGGCACGUCGGCCGCCGCCUUCCGCCAUGAAGUAUCGCGUUGAUUACUUGGGAGCGCUGCAACUGUCUGAGAAGGCCACCAGUUUGGAUGUCCUGCAGACACCCUUGAAAGACCUCUACUACAAGUACCGCCUCAGUGUUUCGAGGGGCAAGAGGCCGGUCCCUGGUUCCCUGCAGAUCACAGACGCGGGCUUGAGGAUUACCUAUAGCAAUUCGCCGAUCGAUUCUCAGGAUGGGUUUGCCGAAUUCACCAAUCCUUUUCCAACGAUUGCCGUCUGGGCUGCCGUCAAACUCGUCAUUCGGAAGGAACUGGCGGAAGGGGGUAAAGUGGGUUACACAUUCGCGUUCUUACCCCUCAUCUGUGAUCCCGAAGCGCAGGAUAAAUACAACCUGUAUCAUCCCCUCAAUGUGCCCGAACCGUCUGUGAUGGCUAUUCAGCAUCCUCCGAUGUUCGCCUGCGUCAUGCGCAAAGUCGGGGUGCCCAAAGUGCUCGAGUGUCACGGGUUCGUCUGCCAGUCGGCGGAGGACGCCAUUGUCAUCGCAGCUAACUUGUACCAGGCCCUUCUGGAAAACAUGAGGAGCGAAGCCCCCAGCGAGGCCUCCAGUGACAACAGAGAUGACGACAGGCACGUCAUGAGUGACAGUGAAAUGGUUCCCAUUCGGCCCCCUAGGAAGAAGAGGACGCAGAGGCCCGAGUCUCCCAGAUUUGCAGGCAAGCUCAGGAGAGCCAACAGCGAGGACCUCUUGCAGUCACACGUCAUUUUGGAAGACCCACAGGAGAGCAAGCACCGCCUGAAGAGGUCCAUCAGUGACAGACAACCUGGUGGGUUCUUGCUCGAUCCCGGCGAUGUUUAUACGCGGGUGGCCCUCCCAAGGUCCAAGUCCUUCAUGAACGUGACCAAUAAAUACAACUUCCAGGACCUCUUGGAUGAUGUCAAACAGAAGACCGGUUUGAACAGCGUGGAUGACGUUUUAAAACAGGUCAUCAAUCCGAAGGGAAUGUCGUUCAGUGAAAUGGACCCCGAACACAGGGAAAUCCUCUUGAAACUGGCCCUAACGUUAUCGAAAGACGAAAUUUACCAGCGGUCUAAAAAUAUCAUGAAAAAGCACAGAGGUCGCAGUACGUCUCUCAUGAGUCUCAUGGAUUCAGACAGUGACGGGUCAACCAUUUCCAAUGUUCUGAAAGCGACGAAGAAAUCGUUCUCUCGCUUAGGAUCAAGAGCUUCCAGUUUGCAGUCCAGUUACCUGAAAGAUAAGUCGCCGCUUAGAAAGCUGGUCAAUAACAAAAAUCGCUACGCUUUCGAGAAAGCAGGGAAAGAAAGCAGUGCUAAGGUCGUCGAUAAUAAAGAAAAUGAGUUCACCCACAUGCUCUCGGGCACGGGAAGAAAGGUGGCACCGAAAACGCCGAUGCCACGUCGUGCCGUUGAUGGUUACGUCUCUUGCAGUGAGUGUGGCUACGACAGCGAAUGUUCUAGCAAAUGUUACUGCUCUCUACCUCGGAGGUCGCCCAACAAACCCCACGACAAGCAUAUUCACAAGGGCCGCGAUUCGUCCUGCGACUGCGACACCGAGAGUUGCGCCGAGAGCGAAAAGUGUUACUGCUCUCUCAAGCGCAUCAAGAAGAACGGCCUCAAGAUGUACGAGAUCAACCUCGAUUCCGAAACCGACACGAACACCGAGACGACGGUCCAGAGCGCGGCCGCCUACAAGAAGGGCUACGGCUCCCAUUCCAACCUGAGCGAACUGGAAUCGCACCCGACAUCGUGGAAGAGAAAUAGCGGGGGCUCUUCCAGCAGUGCCACCAGGCAUAAGAGUUCCUCCUCUUACCUGACGGAGCACAGCAAGAGUCGAUCUGCCGGCACCGUGUUCUCCAUGCAUCCCGAGGUCAUGAGAAAGAAGAGCUUAUCCUCCAACCUGUCGUCAGACUCCGAAAUCUCGGUCGUCCGGAGGUCAUCUGGAGGGUCGGGUUACCACAGCCAAAACAGCAGCAGUCGCAGAGUGGGCCCCCAUCAGAGGUCGGGCAGCACCGAUUCCCUCUUGAUGUCGCCGAGACUCAGAAGGCACCCCUCGGGCUCUCUAGGGUCCGGGGGCUCCAGAGGAUCGCAGGCAUCCUCCGACGGGAGCGGCGGAAGCGGCAUGGGCACCCAUCGAUCCCAGGGGUCCAGAGGGUCUUCUGCAUCCCGUCAGAAGAUCUUACUGGUGUCCGCAGUCGACCCCUCCGGGAAGGUGGUCUACAGGGGAGCGUCCCAGCGGCAGCAGAGGGAGGGGAGCGACACGGCGUCCAUCCUCUCCAUGAAAAAGACGGCGGAGAUCGCGGCUCUGUUCUCCGAGUUGAAGCUCAACCAGACGACCGAUCUCAUCAACCACCUCAACCAGUCGGCCUCGGAGUCGGAGGACGACGCUUACUCGUCCAUGCAGGCCAACAAUUCCUUCCUCUUCUCGGACAACAUCGAAAACUCCCUGGGAUACCUGCCGUAAAAGAAAAGACCACCAAUCAAUAUACCUUUCGGAGAGAAAAAGCGAAGAAGAGAGAAGACGGACAGACAGAAUCGAAGAAAACGAGCGAAUAGCCAAGGAGCCGAACAACAGAUGGCACACGUUACUCAUGACAGUAACACAUGUGACUUGAGAAACAGAAACAGGUGGUCUCUCUCUGUCUCUCAUGAGUGUGCUGCGCUGCUGGACCCGACCACUGUGACCUGUACCGUACCUACUCGUAAUGCGGAGCGCCAAGGCGUGUCACAGCCAGGCACAAUUAACGAAUAUUCACGCUGAAUACACUCAAACACAAUUCACUUACCAUUUAGUUCAUAACGAACAAAGGCAAGUCAUUAAGUUAAGGGGGACAAAGUGAACUCGUAGUUUUUUUUUUUUCUCUCUCUCUCUCCACUUUUGAUUUGUUGUAUGUUUAGGGCAAUUAUUAUUUCGUUUGUUUUUAGUAUAUUACUUAACUUGCUUGAUUUGUAAGUGACCGGAGCGAUGUUUGUGUUGGUGCUACAAAGUAUACUAGACUCCAUCGUUGGUAAUAGCAGCAGGAUUACCAGGAAAAUAUGACACAUUACGAGAGAAAAUAAACAAUACUUAAAAAUUGCAUCUUACAGAAGUGUUAAGUGAUUCACACACUAAGAAAAAAAAAGGAAAAUUAUGAAUUUAGUGAAGGAUUUUCAAGUUGACAAUAAGUGUGUUUGUGUCAGUUCAGCAUCAUUGUAAUGUAAUCUGUUACAAAGGUAUAAAAUGUAUAGAACUGAAACCCUAAUUUUUUUAUGUAUAUAAAUGGUUAUUUCAUUUCCAAUUUUGUGUAUUUUAACACUUAUAUCACUAUAAUUAUAUCUCUGUUGUUUAAUAUUAGACUUUAUAUUAUAAGGAGUCUUUCUUGUCAAAUUAUCUAUCCCCGUUGUUCCAGACUAUUGUUAAUAUUUUUAAUUCAAAACUGCAAUACCUUAAUUCCCUUAACUGACAAAUUCCUGUGUAUGUUAUUGUGAUGCUUUGUUACGUCAGUUUCUUAGAUUCAAGCAGUCAUACGUCACUCACUCCGUUUUCGUUCAUUCAUUGCAUCUCCAUUUUCUGUUCAAAGUCACAUAGAGCUCGUUAUCUGUUUGUGUCAACAUUUGUUGUACUCACUUUCAGUCCCAACAUAUAAUAAUGCAUUUUGCUAUAUACGAAUUUAAACAUUCACGCAUCACACCCUUAAUGUUGAAUCGAGCGUAGACUGUAUCAGUUUUCAUGUAACUACAGAAAGUAAACUAUCGUUUGGCAGCCAUGAGAUAUUUAAACAUGGAAGUCCAAAUAAUGUUUUAAAUUUACUGAGACGCUCAAAACAUUGGUAUUAAUUAUUAAUCAACAGCACUCAAGCGAUGGCAGGUACCAAAUUUUUGUGGUUUAAUGUUCAUUAUAAAGUUAUUUUAGUAUUUUGUUUCAGCUUUAUAAUUGGUGUAUAACCCAUAGCAUCGCUUAAUGCUGGAUUUUGAAUCAGUCUUUCUUCUGUAAAUUUCUUGCAACACUGCUGUUAAAUGCUGUAAAUAGUCUGACUGGUUGCCAUGAUUGAAAGACGCGGUGUUUGAAGCCUAUUUGCAGACUAUUUAAUUAGUACAACGACCAUACCUUUGUUUCCUGUUGUGUAAAUCAUAGUUGUAAGUUUCAUAAUAUCUAGAUUUAUAGGAUAAUGCCGUAUUUUUUACGGUAAUGAAGUGCCUGUUGAUACGUGCGUGUUUCAGCCAUCUAGUUUAGUUUAUUUGAUAAUUUGUAUUGUUACUCUAAGAAGUAUUUGGUGGUUUUUAUUAACUAUCGUCUUUACCAAGCGUUUUUUUUUUUUUUUUUUUUUUUUUUGCUACCUGUAUAAUUGUUAUCAUAUACGGUUUUGUAUUCAUUUCGUAUAACACCUUGAUUACAUAUUCUUCACAGUAAUUUCCCCAGAGCGAGUAAAUUCACGUGUCUGUUCAGAUUUAUAUCAGUAAUGUGCGUGAUUUAUUGCCUCAUCAUCUGGCCAUGGUUGCCAUCAAUUCUGUGUAGAUUACACUAGCUUCAUCACAUUCCACUGGCCAACAGCUGGUUGGUUUCACAGUCUUCCGUAAUGUUACUUGUUGUUCCUGGUGUUUUAAUACCUCUAUGGCGCCUAGGUCAAUGUAUUCUCGUCUUUUCACCUAUCGUUUCUUUUCGGUACUGCUUUACGUAUAUAUGUUUUUUUUUUAUAUUUUUUUUCCUCUGGAUUUGUGGAAGAAUUUGGAUGUUGGUCAAUUCGGUGUCAUCUUGGUAAGUCAUUUACUCAAAAUUUCACGUCCAUUCAUUCACUCAUUCAUAAAAGGCAGUGGUUCACUGUCUGUUUUCCUUGUAUUCAUUAACAAAACUUGGCCCACACACACACACACACAUUCAUUUAUCCAUACAUUAGGAUUUUUAUAAUGUUUAUUCGUUUGAACUAGGUUCCUAGCCAUGUAAAAAAAAAAACAUCUACUCCUUAGGGCCAGCCGUGGGAGAGAUGUUAAUCAGCUCAGUGGUCUGGUUGAACUGAGAUAUACUUAACUUAUUCAUUUGCGCUAAUUGCGCAUUCAUUCAUCUUUUUCUUAAGUCACUGAUUAACUUGCAUUCUUCUUAAAUGACUUCAGUUAUUUAAGCUAUUCUUUAACCUGCAUUCCAUUGCUAAUUCCUCAGUUCCGUUAUCGAUUUAUUUAUUCGCUAAUGCGCGUUAUCAAAAGUCUCAACUCAUUUGUUAGUUGACAGAUAUCGUCAGCCACUGCAUUUCAUCGGCAACACACAUCAACACUAAAUUUGUUCCACGAAUUGCAAUACAUUUACAAUUAAGUUACCUUUCGACCACACGAUAUCGCUUUGUUCAAUCUCUUCUUUCUAUAUUUCCUUUGGCCUUCCGCUAAGUAAUUCAAAUGAACACCAUAUUCUUUGGAAAUUUGAUCCGUAUGAAUAGGGUUCAUCUUCUGAAUAAUAAUAAUAAUAAUAAUAAUAAUAAUAAUAAUAAUAGAGGAACCACUAUUUUCGUUUUAUGUUAACUGCGAGAAUCGGUGCAAAGGAUUUGUUAUGUGGACGAAAAAAAAAUACGAUAAAUUUAUUUAGUAAUUGAUUUUUGUUGUAUGAUUUAUCGUUGUGUUUUCCUCAAAGUCGUCUCACAGACUUCUCAAUUACCUGUUUUUAAUUUUCAAUUUAGUGUAGAACCUAGGAACCACACAAUCCUCCAAAGUUGAUAGCCAUCGGGAAAUCGUUAAUAGUCAUUUUUUUUCUCUCUGUCAAGCAAGAGAGGAAUUUCGACAGGUGCGGAACACGCUUAGCUUUUGUCAUCGUCUUGUUUGAUUGCGUUGCGAUUCUCACCCAAACAAACGAAUGACGGUGUCAUAUCUCUGUCUCUCUCGUUUUAUAGGUUAUUAUCAAAAUGAUUGAUGCUUUUUCAAAUUGUUUUGUAUCUUUCACAAUAAAGCAGUUGCUUAUUUAACUUUCGAGAAAUCUGUGUUGUAAAGUUUUGCAGUUGUCUGAAAGAAAACUUAAGGAAUUCGAAGGUAUUAGAGAAAUUGAGGUGUGUAUCUGAAUAUGAAUUACUACAAUGGAUAACCACAACUGUUGAUCAAUAAUAUUUUUUUUAUUAAUUGAGCGCAUUAUUUUUAUUCUGCUUUAUGCUGCAUAAAUUGGAAAUUUAAGAUGAAAUCUAGAAACAUGUUAGAACGUCAGUGAAUGAAUAAGUUAAGAAAUUUUUAAAUAAAAAUAAAUGAAUAAACAAUCAGAAGUGUUGGGGAUCUAUCAGGUCAAUAUCCUUGUUGCCCCUGAGGAUCCUACCCCUUCCCCCAUCCUGGGGAAGCCCCCAUGCCCUCCCCCUUCCUCACCAACCUUUUCACAUCCACUUUGUAAAGUCAUUGUUUGCUAAAGCUAUAAUGCAUGAGUUGCAGAUCGUGUUUUUAUGUUUUCAUAUAUUUUUAUCAGUAACUAUUUACUCUAAUGAUUGUUGUAUAUUUUUGUACGCCAUUCAUGUUGUGUAUUUUUGCUAGUAUUGUUUUCAUAGCUGGAUCUCUUCGUUUAACUCUUGAGGUGCUGUGGACGUUUGUUCUGAUAGAAAAGAAUGACAGCCAUUGCAGGAUAUCUCCUGCAAUGGCUGUCAUUUUUUUUUCAUAAUUUCUUCAUAUUGUUAUAGCAACAGUAUUAGUAGUAUCAGCAGUCAGAUCAACGUCUCCCCCUUUAUAAUCGCUCAUCCUAGGCUUACCUGACGUAAUCAGGAUUCAUGCGCAACGAAUUAAAUACCUGUAAAAAAAAAAAAGAAAAAAAAAAGCAUUGCUUCUAAUACGCGUCAAAUCUCGGCGAAGGGCGAGUCACGUAUUAAUUCAGAACAUACGAACGGGGGAAAAAAAACCUGGAAAAGAGUAAAAGAAAGAAAGAAAAAAAAAAAAAACUUCGAAACCGACCGCCAAGUUGUCCAGCUCACCUGUGUUAUUGUAGAGGCACCCGAGUGUGAAGGCUUCACCAUGCCAGGUGCGCUCGGGAAAAGCUUCUUCCUAUAUUCCUCCGGAAGAAAUG